UUUUUUUUUUUGCGACAAGCGCUUUCAGUCAUUGAAAAACAUGUUGGUUUAAAUAUUAGGGAAAUCGAAAUCGAAACCACAGAUCUAGGCAUAAGUGUGUCGCGGUAUAUAGAAGAAGAGUUUAAAGAGAACUUUGCCAGUGGUAGCAACCUGCAUCGACCUGCAUCGAAAAGACGUUUUGCGAAGGGUUAAUAUUUCAAUGUUUGUGCAGAAAUUCGGAAUUAUUUCGACUAGAACAUAGUUGCCUAUUGAAUGGCUUAUUUCUGGAAAACUCAGAUCCAAUCUUUUGGUAAAUUCUGAGUAAAUGAUCGUGGUUUAAUUGCGAAUUAAAAUAUUAAACAAUCGUAUGAGGAAUAAGAGAUGUAUCGAGUAGCGAAGGAAUUUGCACUUGUCUUACACGAGGUGGAACACGAGGUGACCGGUCGGAAACACGAUCUCAUCUGCGGAGUUGAAUUAGACUGAUUACACGCGCUUUUAGUAGGUGAUAACCUGCGCUCAGGCGGCCUUUUUUUGGGACAGGAAAGCGAGUAGGGGAAAAAUAACUCCCUCCCCGCGUCUGAAUCUUAAGGGUUGUAGGUUAUAUCGGUGACAUCUUUCGACACACUGUCGUCUUUCGACAUGCUAUGUAUCAAACUUGGCCGACGUCAAAACUGUAAAGCACAACGGACUUCUUUACGGUGGAACUCAAAUUUUAGUGAUGAGAGAUGGAUUUAUUUGACAUCACACUAAGGUUAGGGGUAUCGAGAAGUCAUUCUGGGAGAAAUAAAUCUACUGUUUUGAAUGUUUACACCUUGUGAACGUUGAAAGCGGCAGGGGUCCAAUUCUACCGGAAAGUCACUAUGGAGAACCGAUCGACUACACUAAAAUCGGUUGAAUUAUCCUGUAGCUCGGUAAACAUGCAAAGUCCGCAAUCUUCUUCAGCCAUUUAAGUAAGCCAAGUGAAAACCGAGCUACCAACACAAAAGAACUGUCCAAAUAUGCUGUCACCUAUGAAUGAUAAUGGUACAUGUGUCUUCAGUGACCACUGCAGCAAAGUCGUAUGCACAUCGCCGCCAGACGUUGAUACUGGGCCAAUUAGCCAUAUGGCUGUACAAGCCUUGGUAUGCAAUCAAUCAGUGAAAGCCAAUGUUAGCUUGGAGUCAUCUUCAGUGAAGUGGUCGCAUACAUUUAAAGAUGGCGAGAAAGUUGCUCUGCCGGAUGCCAUGAAACCAUCUGAUGCCCCUGCCAGUAUGAAACAAUUCUUGAUAGUUGAAUUGGAGAAACAUGGUCCAUACAACACGGACGUCCACUUUAAGUUAGUGCUAAUGUUUGAUUUUGGAUAUAUGAAUUACAACACCACUUUCCUUGAAGGAAAUUUAGAGGCUGCUGAAUGUGAAUGCCAUGUGACUGUGUUUCCAACACCAAUGAUAUCUGGUGGGGAUGAAGAGGACUGUCCAGAUAUUCAAUUGCCAGAUGGCAGCGAUGGCACAUGCUACCUCGAUAACCAUUGCAGCAAAGUCACAUGUUUGUCGCCGCCAGACAGUACUGGGCCAUUUAGCCACAUGGUCUUGACUGUACAAGCUUAUGGAUGCCAUCAUCAACCAGUGAAAGCCAAAGUUAGUUUGGAGUCAUCCUCAGUGAAGUGGUCGCAUACAUUUAAAGAUGGUGAGAAAGCUACAAUGCCUGACAAUAUGAAACCACCUGAUGUUCCUGCUGAUAUGAAAAUAUUCCUUGAGAUGGAAUUGAAGAAAAAUGGUGGCAAAGUUCACUUCAAGGUACAAAAAAUAAUAUAUUUUAAGGCAGCUUAAGGCAGUUUGUUUAAC